UUCACUUUGAAAAGAAAAUAAAGAAAACAUAAACAAAACAGCAUUCUCUAUUUUUGUUUAUUCUUGUAGUAAAACAUCUCUUCCGCCGCUAAUCAUGGGUAUACCUCAUCUAGUUCUGAUCCAUGGCUGGAUUCCUUUCGUUGUUGUCAUUUUCGUAAUCUUUGUGUUUUCAUGGAUCUAUGUACGUUACUAUCAAGAUCAUUUGGAGUCAGAGCUCUCAACCACCAUCACAUCAAUCAUUGCGUUAACCAUUACACUGGUGACAUCAGCUUUGGUACCUUUGGACAUUUUCCUGGUCUCCUACAUGAAAAAUACCGACGGAACAUUCAAGAGCUGGGCAGCUAAUUUAAGUGAGAGGAGUUUAUUUGAAGAUAACAUUAGUUAUACAUACUACGGUCUUUAUUCGGUUGUGAUAUUGUUCCUCUUCUUAAUCCUGCCAUUCAUGUAUUUCUACUUCGAAGAACAAGAUGAUGAUGUCACAUGCAAAAUGAGGAUGUGCGGAGCAAUGAAGUACACCUUGGUUUUUAUUCUGGCCGCAUCAAUAAUUCUUCUCAUUGGGAGUUUUGUUCCUCUAAAACAUCCGCCCAAGAACGUCACCGAAUGGGAUGAUAAACUGAACUACCUCAAGAACGAAAUAAAAACGUCUCAUGGAGAAACAGCAUUGACGUUUACCAUUGGACUUCUCACAUUUGUUGGUCUGCUUUCCAUCAUCUCGUACACAGCAUAUGGCAUGUCUGUUCUUCCUCUUGAGCUCAUAAAAGGCUACAGAAGCAUUAAGGAUGAGAGAUAUUCCUUGAACGCAAGACGUGAGAACCUCCAAUCACAGAUUAACUUGUUGACGGACAAAUACGUCGGUAAACGUCGGAUGUCGUCGCGCGAUCGCUCAAAAUUGACGAAGCUCGAAGACGAAGAGCGUUUGAUUGGUCGGAGACAAGGCAAACUGGCUGACGCUGAUGCCAAAUAUUGCAAAAACUGUUUUGUUUUAUUUCGACCGUUUCAAAUCGUUUUGGGAAUCUUUCUUUUCCUUUUGGCUUUGUUGAUAGUCGUAUCGCUUAUAAUCACCGGGAUCGACAAAGCACUGCAUUCUCUUGGCUAUAAAUAUGGCUAUUCGCUUCCUGAUCCGAAAUUCGUCAACCCAGUCAACAAAGUCAUGCUGUACGCACAACUGGUAUUUCCCGUGGACUAUUGUCUGUUUUUCGGAAUCGUUUUUUACUUUGUGUUCUGCACGAUGGUCGGAAUGAGAAAGACUGGAAUUCGCUUUUUCUGCCUCAAACUUUAUAAAAUACGUCCACGUAAAACUUUGCCCCAGGCUCUGCUCUUCUUCGUGUUUAUUCUGAUGUACGUGGUGUUAGCAAUCAACGUGAUACUCAUGUCGUUGGCACCUCAGUAUUUGAUGUAUGGUAAUCAAAAAUACCAGAUCAAGGUGUUUCCCAACACAACCAGAACAGGAAAUACCACGACACAUGGAAAUUUUACAACGAAAACGUACGAUUGUUCCACCAAAGUGUCAAACGAGCACUGCACAAUGAGUCGUAUCUCAGUUCUUCUCUCAAGAUUCUUUUAUAAAGUUUGGUUCUUUGGUGUUUGUGAUUUCUGGGGAACGUGGGUGUUUCUUCUGGCAUUUGCAGUUGGUUUGCUCGUAUCCUGUUGCAAAGGACGACGAUCUUACAUCGGAGAUAUGGACUCAAGUGAUGACGAGUCCAGUAACGAAUAUAGAUCCAUUGGUACCUGAUGUACACAAGAAUCCCUAGGAGUCUACUGUAAUUUAUCAACGGAUACCAAGAAUUAUCCUAUAGUCGUCGUUGUCGUCCCUUCCCAAACGCUGAAUCAUAUUUAAUUAUGGCAAAUUAAUUAAAUAGGACUUUUAAAAAGCAUCCAAAUCAAAGUCAUACUAGUUUAAAUCACCCGUUAAACGGACGUUUCUUUUGCUAUUUUUGACUGAAAAAUCAAAUGUCUUUGGCAACAUUUUGUUUGUAAAUAAUUAUGUACACAUUGUUUUGACUGAGAAAUAAACUUGAAAACCGUG